AUGGUGUACUUGGCUGUGUUUCUAGGGGCGACACUGCUUGCGUACGACCUAAUAGGAACGGCAGUCGAAACUGGUGCUCAAAUCGCAAGGAGCCAUUCCAUUAUUCCAUUCUCUGCAGCAAUUAUAGAUUACUAUAAGAAGUGGAUGAAAUCAGAAAGUGAAAAACCACAGAUUAGCGCGAACCCGGACAAUGACUAUGGACUUAACCUAGCAACAUUCAUCCAUCAGGACCUUUGUGCCCUUAAUGAUUGCUUAAAUAGGGGUGCUGAGUGUCCGCCAGACUUUGGAGUCGACUUUAAUCGGCUGUUCGGCUUUUCUCAGCCACAAGGGACGAAUUCGGAUGUCCUCAUUCGAACUCUCUUGAACAAACUCACUACCCAGCAAUCUGAGGCAAUGUCGCCAACGAAAACGAUAACCCCGAAUAUGUCAAAAGGGAUGGGAAUAUUGGAACAAGCCCUCCAGGUUUGCCGAGAUAUAUAUGCCCACUAUGACAAUAUUCUUCAGCGGCGCCCUACAGAGACCGCAAUCAGAACCUGGCAGAAGGUUAUCGGUAGAGCCGUCCAUGAUAAUGAGGAGUUGGUUCACCUAAGGACGGAGCUGAGAGCGAAAAGAGAUCAGCAAAUCAAUGUGAUUGCUCGUUUUAAAUGUCUGGAUGCGAAAGCCGUCCGGCCUACGGACCAAAAAACAACGAAGAAAUGGGCAAUGCUCAAAAUCCUGCGUGAUAAUGCGGAGAUGAGCCAGAACAGACUCGAACGUAGCCAAAAGGAGCUCAAAGAUCAAAUCGGGAGACAAAGAGAACUUGAACGAAAGUUCCACGAAACGAAUAUGAAAUUGCGGCAGCUCAGAGGCGAAAACGUUACUGUACACAAAUUGAUUGGGAUUCUCGGGGACUGUAUCUACAACCUCACCGAUUUCCAAGAGCAUGUCCAGAAGCUUGUAUUUUUCUUCGAUGGGCUAGAGUUGCUAGUAACGGAUGUAGAAGAAAAGCAUGCUCGACAAUUCGUGAGCUCAAUUGACAAUAUGCUCAAGAUUCGUGCGGACCGGUCCAUAAACCAGGUAGCCAUGGAAAGAACCAAGAAAAAAUUGAAAGAGGGUCAUUACGCCGUAGCUAGGGAACUAGCUGGAGUAUAUGUCCAAGUUUCAAAGAAGCACAUCAUCCCUACCGUUCAGUUUGUCGAAAAUCUUGGGAUCUCUCACUCUGCCUGUGAAACCGACGAGUUCGACCAUUCGAAACCUGACCUAAUUGCACAAAAGGCAAAGGAAGCGCAAGAAGCGAUCAAUGAUAUUUCGGAGAAGCGGCGAACUCGCCUGAAGAAGCUUCUGUUCGACGACCAACGCGCCAUCGAAGAAGUCGAGCAAGCCCUGCUACUAGAGAAGGAGCAGUCGUGUUGA